CAGCUACCACACGUACCAACUACUGCACCGAAAGCUAGCUGCUCGCGUUUAUUUGCGGUCGCGGUGGCGAUUUCCAAGCAUUUCGUGAUUCCAGCUUGACCACUUCCCGCUAUACAUAUAGCUUCCGCCCAGUUAGUGAAAUUAUAUUCAAAAUGGCAGCUACACGGAGGCUACAGAAGGAACUAAGUGACUUGAGGGCGUCAGCCAUGAAAAACUUCACAAACAUCCAAGUAGACGAGGCUAAUAUUCUUACUUGGCAAGGCCUGAUCUUACCGGAUGAUCCUCCAUACAACAAAGGUGCCUUUCGUAUUGAAAUAAACUUUCCUGCAGAGUAUCCGUUUAAGCCACCAAGAAUAAAUUUCAAAACAAAAAUAUAUCAUCCUAAUAUCGAUGAAAAAGGUCAAGUGUGUUUGGCGAUUAUCAGUGCUGAAAAUUGGAAGCCUGCAACAAAGACAGAUCAAGUGAUCCAGGCAUUGAUUGCAUUGGUGAAUGAUCCUGAACCUGAGCAUCCUUUGAGAGCAGAUUUAGCUGAAGAAUUUUUAAAAGAUAGAAGAAAGUUUUUGAAAAAUGCAGAGGAAUUUACAAAAAAACAUGCGGAGAAGAGGCGGGAAUCAGCUUCAGUGGAAUAACAUCGAUUAGCCUAACUCACCGAGAUGCCUGUUUGCCCACCUGCUUUCCUAAUUGAUACCUUGAAUUGGCUCUUUGAGAGAAACCCAGGAUAUUGACAGCUGCAGAGCUGAGAUCCCGUUGGACAGUAUCGGUUAAUCGUUGAAAAGAAAAAAGGAAAAGUAACAGAAACAAAUGCAAAUCAUAAUAAUAUUAAUAAGAUGGAGAACUUUUAAUAACAUUAUAAAUUAUAAUAAUAAAUAUUGUAUAUUAUUCAA